AUGAUGCAAGUUACAUUCACACGGAAUUUAGUGCGAUUGGCCAAACCAUCGCUGGCCAAUCAAUUUGAACGGCAAUUUAGUCAAUUGCGUGUAUUAACACCAUUGGUUAGUUCAUUGGAUAGAUUUUUGAAACCGACGACGACAACAACAGUAAUGCGUGAUUUCUGCUCGGAGCAGUCCAAAAAGAAAAAGCAAAAGAAGAACCCACCAGCUGUUGAGCAUGUUGGUCGUUUGGACUUUCGCAUUGGAACUAUUGUUGAGGUGAACAAAGCUCCGGAUGCCGACACACUCUAUUUGACGAAAAUUGAUAUUGGAGGCGAAUUUUUAUCCGUUGUUGCCGGCCUCGCGAAAUUCCUUACAGUCGACGAAUUAAUUGGACGGAAUGUCGUUGUUUUGUGCAACUUAAAGCCAUCCAAACUCCGUGGUCACUUGUCGGAAGGCAUGAUUAUGUGUGCAAAAAGUGGCGAUAAAAUGGAAGUGCUUGAACCACCCGCAAAUGCAAAACCUGGUGACUUGGUCUACUGCGAGAGCUACGAACGAACUAUACCUGAUGGAGGACGUGACAAAAAGAAAUUGUACGAUCCAUUAGCUCCAGAUAUGGCUACAAAUGAUCAACUUGUCGCCUGUUACAAAGGCUCAUAUUUGUACGUUCCCGACAAGGGAAACAUUGUUACUAAGUCGCUAAAAAAUGCAAACAUCACGUAA